AUGAUCCUAGGUGAUAGGCACCAACCACAAAUAUCCGAAUUUGUCGAGUUCCUACGGUGUCAUGUGCGGUCCGCCGAAGCUCGAUCGGGAUUCUAUUCUUCGAUCAGCCCAAGUGCCGGACAUUCUGCGGCAGGAUGUCGUUCAAAACAUACUUGCCAGUCGUGUCAGAAACAACAUCACUCACUACUACACUUCCCAGUAAACACACCAACAUCGAUGCUUGUCGCCACUAAAAAACUCCAACCUGUACUAUUGUCGACGUUGAUCGUCAAUGUAUCAACAGCGGACAAUCAAACACAUACACUUCGGGCACUCUUGGAUACAGGAGCCCAGGUUAGUUUCAUUACGAAACAAAGUGUAGAUCGUCUUUCGUUAACUCGUCGGCACUGUUCAACACAAGUCAAUGCUUUUUCGGGUGCAUCAAUCAAUGUAGUAUCCGGUAUUACAUCCAUCGUCAUGUCACCAGUAGGAAAACAAGAACCACUCGAUGUAUUUAUUGUGUUAAAUAUAACAGAUUCUUUACCUCAAACCACAUUCACAUUUACGGAGUGGCCUCAUCUCAGUCAGUUAGAGUUGGCAGACCCAACUUUCAACAUUCAAGGGUCAAUCGAUAUUUUGCUGGGCGCAGACAUUGCUCCAGCUAUCCUCACCGGUAGUCGUAUUGCAGGACAUCAGUCACAUCCAAUAGCUUUUGGUACCGUCUUUGGGUGGGUUCUGAUGGGACCAGCCGCACCACUAACCAAUAAUACAUUAACAUCGAUGUUAGUCAACACUGAAACUGCACUCGAACAGUCACUCAAGAACUUUUGGGAAAUUGAAGAGCCACCUCACGUGCAACACUUAAGUCCUGACGAAAUACAAGCUGAAGAUAUAUUCACAACUUCCGUCAAACGUUUGGAAUCUGGGAAAUUCAGCGUUGCACUACCAUUUAAACAGCCACGCCCGAUCUUGGGAGAGUCCAAAGUCACGGCACUCAAGCGACUUCAUUAUUUGGAACAUCGAUUAUCACUAGAUAAAGGUCUCUCACAACAAUAUACCGACUUUAUGAGAGAUUAUCUUACAAGUGAACAUAUGGAGGUUGUUUCCACCAACCAACGGAUGACUCCAUAUUGCUUCUAUAUUCCACACCAUUGUAUCUUACGUCCAGAAAGUCAUACAACCAAACUGAGCGUAGUCUUUGACGCAUCCGCUACGACUACCACUGGACAAUCACUAACCGGAAAUUUAUACACAGGUCGUAAGCUACAACAGGACCUACCGCAAAUUCUGAUUCGUGCUCGAAUCCACAAGAUCUUAUUUACUGCAGACAUUAAACAAAUGUACCGGCAAAUUGAAAUCCACUCAGAAGACAGAGAUUAUCUGAGGAUUCUAUGGCGUUUUGAAUACAACCAGCUAAUUGAGGAAUAUCGCUUACGUACUGUUACCUACGGUACCUCUUGUGCUCCUCAUCAGGCUCUCCGAACAUUACAAUAUUUAGCAAAAAUUGAAGAAACCACAUAUUCAUUGGCUGCUCAGAUUAUUAUGCAAGAUACCUUCGUUGACGAUACCCUCACAGGAGCCAAUACUUUAGAGGAGGCUCUUCGUCGACAAAACCAAGUAAUAUCACUAUGUGCCCGUGGCCAUUUCAAGCUGCAUAAAUGGGCCAGUAAUUCCUCCGGUAUAUUACAAGCUGUAUCGGUCACCGACCGCUCUAUGUCUGCUGACGUCUUGUUCAACGACGAGUUAGAAGCUGGAUUAAAAAUUCUCGGCAUGCGAUGGGAUCCAAAACAAGACCAUUUUUCUUAUACCUUUCAUUGUCAAAGCAUAAAAUUAUCUAAGCGCUCGAUCCUCUCGGCUUACUUGCCGUCACUUCCCGUCACCUUUUUGGCAAAACAUCUCAUGCAGUUGCUGUGGACAUCUGGGGUCGGCUGGGACGAUCCAAUUCCAGAACAAGUGCUAACCAUGUGGCAACGAUAUCAACAGGAACUUCAAUAUCUACAGCAUUUAAAGAUCCCACGCCGGAUUACCAUGGAUGGAGAUGUAAAAUACGAACUCCAUGCUUUUUCAGAUAGCUCCGAAAAGGGUUAUGCAGCAGCUGUAUAUAUCUACGCUGUGAUACCCAACAUUAUAAAACCAUCACCAGCUGAACUCAGUCACGCACUCGAAAUAAUCAUACUUGCCGUACAUAAGCAGACCUUUAGUGAUGAGCUCAUCCGGCUCCGGGAUCCAAAUCAUAAGAGUAAAAGUAAAUUGCGAGUUCUCAAUCCAUUUAUUGAUGAACGUAGAAUUCUUCGAGUCGGAGGUCGGUUGGUUCACGCAGACAUUCCUUACGAACUAAAACAUCCGAUACUCUUACCCCGGUCGCAUUGA